AUGAAUACAUCUCAACUGAUCGUUUUUCAGCGUACACCACCAUGGAUAAUUCCUCGCAUUGACCGGCAAAUGACACAAUGGGAAAAACGACUGUUUACACGCUUUCCGAACUUUCAAAAACUGAUUCGUGGUGUAAUAUAUUGGACAGCCGAAUCGGCCGUACUCUCAUUUGUCUAUCGUUGGCCCAUUCGGUACAUUUUUCAAGAGCUGGUAAAAUUUAACCUUAAGCGACAAGUCAAAGAUGAAGCAUUUCGGAAGAAGCUCACAUCAUCAUGGGAACUUGGCUGCAAGCGAGUGCUCAUAUCGAAUGAUUGGUAUUCAACAUUACAAAAACAAAAUGUGACAGUUGUGAUCGAUCAAAUUCGGGAAAUGAAACAACACUCCAUAGUUACUUCCGACAAUGUUGAAUAUCCAGUUGACAUAAUCAUUUGGGCUACUGGAUUUCAAGUGCAAAAAAUUCCGUUGCCCAUGAUGGGGAUUAAUGGAUGUUCACUUCAUGAACAAUGGCGAGAAAGUAUGCAGGUUUGUAUUUUGAAUAUGUGUAAGAGAAGAAUCUGCAAGUUUAUUUUAUUUCGUGUUAGGCAUAUCGUGGCGUAA